CCCACUUGAACCCUUUAUAAGGGACUUGUUGCCUGCUCCAUUUUCGCAUCAUUUCUCAUUAAUCACUCUUGCUAUAAGCAUACUUUUCUAUUUCACGAUCGCAUCACUUCUUAACUUUUCGAGCGAGCUAGCUCUUAGCUUAAUAGCUUUCACUCUGCUGCGGAGACUGGAGAGAGAUGGCAACCAAUGGAGAGGUGAAGAUUAAUGGGAAUGGAACGGCGACCCAGAAGUCACCUUUGAGGAAGAUCACGACGAGCGACAAACAUGACGGGAUCUGCCACGAUAUGAGCGCACCCACCGUGAAGGCUCAGACCAUCGACGAGCUUCACUCUCUUCAGAAGAAGAAAUCUGCGCCUUCCACUCCUAAUAAAGGGAUUCAGGGUGCCUUCGCCGCUGUCUCUGAAGAAGAACGCCAAAAACAGCAGCUCCAGUCCAUCAGUGCAUCUUUGGCAUCGCUGACAAGAGAAACCGGACCCAAGGUGGUGAGAGGAGACCCGGCUAACAAGAUCCAGCCCAUUUCAAAAGAUCACCACGUCACUGCACCCAUCAGCGUCAGUGACAGCGCCUUAAAAUUCACUCAUGUUCUUUACAACCUCUCACCUGCUGAGCUUUAUGAGCAGGCCAUAAAGUACGAGAAAGGGUCUUUUAUUACGUCUACUGGUGCAUUGGCCACCCUCUCUGGUGCUAAGACUGGCCGGGCUCCCAGUAAGCGUGUUGUCAAGGAUGAUGACACAAGCGAGGAGCUUUGGUGGGGAAAGGGCUCACCUAAUAUUGAAAUGGACGAGCACACUUUCAUGGUUAACAGGGAACGAGCUGUUGAUUACUUGAAUUCUUUGGAUAAGGUCUUUGUAAAUGAUCAAUUCUUGAACUGGGACCCUGAGAACAGAAUCAAAGUUCGGAUUGUCUCUGCCAGAGCUUACCAUUCAUUGUUCAUGCACAACAUGUGUAUCCGACCCACUCCUGAAGAGCUGGAGAAUUUUGGUACUCCGGACUUCACUAUAUACAAUGCUGGUCAGUUCCCAUGUAAUCGUUACACACACUACAUGACAUCUUCUACUAGCAUAGAUUUGAAUUUAGCUAGAAGGGAAAUGGUCAUCCUCGGCACACAGUACGCCGGGGAAAUGAAGAAGGGUCUAUUCAGUGUUAUGCAUUAUCUCAUGCCUAAGCGCCAAAUCCUCUCCCUACAUUCUGGCUGCAAUAUGGGAAAAGAUGGAGAUGUUGCCCUCUUCUUUGGAUUGUCAGGUACUGGCAAGACAACUUUGUCUACAGAUCCAAAUAGGUACCUAAUUGGAGAUGAUGAACAUUGCUGGACUGAGACUGGAGUGUCAAAUAUUGAAGGGGGGUGCUAUGCCAAAUGCAUUGAUCUCUCAAAGGAGAAGGAGCCUGAUAUCUGGAAUGCCAUCAAGUUUGGAACUGUUUUGGAAAAUGUGGUAUUUGAUGAGCACACUCGUGAGGUGGACUAUGUUGACAGAUCAGUUACAGAGAAUACUCGAGCAUCUUACCCUAUUGAGUACAUUCCUAAUGCAAAGAUACCCUGUGUUGGUCCACACCCCAAGAAUGUAAUCCUUUUGGCAUGCGAUGCAUUUGGUGUGCUUCCACCUGUGAGCAAGCUGAACCUGGCUCAGACCAUGUACCAUUUCAUAAGUGGUUACACUGCACUGGUGGCUGGCACUGAAGAGGGUGUGAAAGAACCCCGGGCAACAUUCUCAGCCUGCUUUGGUGCAGCAUUUAUAAUGUUGCACCCUACCAAAUAUGCAGCUAUGCUGGCUGAGAAGAUGCAGAAGCAUGGUGCAACAGGAUGGCUUGUCAACACUGGCUGGUCCGGUGGAAGCUAUGGGUCAGGCAGCCGUAUCAAGUUAGCAUACACAAGGAAAAUCAUUGAUGCCAUACACUCUGGCAGCCUCCUGAAGGCAAAUUACAAGAAAACUAAAGUGUUUGGGCUUGAGAUCCCCACAGAGGUCGAAGGAGUGCCUUCUGAAAUCCUGGAUCCUGUGAACACUUGGUCAGACAAGAAAGCUUACAAUGAGACACUGUUGAAACUGGCUGGUCUGUUCCAGAACAACUUUACAACUUUCACCGACUUCAAGAUUGGAAAGGACAACAAGCUCACUGAGGAGAUCCUAGCAGCUGGUCCGAUAUUUUAAUUCCCACCGAAAGGAGAACAGGAAGAUGAUUCCAGGAGGAGUUGGAGUAGACAAGAUAGAAUAAGAGUUAGGUUGAAUGUUGUAGUUAUUUGUGUCAGGAUAUAUUUAUAACUAUAGUAGCAUUCCUGCAAGUCUCUCUGUAACGAGGCGGGACUUCCAAGUUCUGCCUAACAAUCCCCCGUUUAAUCCAUAAAAAAAAAUGAAAAAAAAAAAUACAAGAGUUUUGUCCA